AUGGCUGUUAAAAGUGCUGUAGGCCUCAAUAAUAAGAUAUUUAUGAGAAAUUAUGCUGCUGAUAGAAUGGGACAUAAGAUUGAUGGGAAGAUCGAUGAUAUAUCAGAUAUGGAGUAUAAUAGAAUUUCUAAUGAUUAUUUAGAAGAUUUAGGAGACGAAUUGGAUUUAAUUUCAGAAGAUCAUACUGAUAUGGAUUUCGAUUUAUCACAAGGGGUUUUGACUUUAAAUACAAAGAAUGGUACUUAUGUUAUCAAUAGACAACCCCCAAAUAAGCAAAUUUGGUUGAGUUCACCCAUAAGUGGACCAAACAGAUAUGACCUCAUCAAUGGGAAAUGGGCAUCGUUGAGAGAUAAUGGUAGAUUGACUGAUUUGUUAUCUCAUGAAUUAUCCCAAACUUAUAAUGAUACCAUUGAAUUGCAAUUAGAAAAUUAA